UAGACGAGUAGACGACGAAUGAAACGAUCGUUCUACGAGUUUUGUUCAAUCGUUCGGUGUCCUUUAACGGAACCCUAAAUCGUCGUUUCCUUUCACUUUAUUCAUCUCGUCGCUGCUUUCUCGGAUUACGGCGUCGUGAUGCAAGACCGGCGAGUUUUCGGAGCUUCUUGUCUACGGAUAAAAGUCGGAACCGAGCGGACGACCGCAAAAAAGAGGAGACAAAGUCCUCGGCGAACAACAACGCCGGCACCAGCAACAGAAGGAGAAAAAGGAAGAGGAAAGGACGAUAUCGGAAGUUGCUGCAGUGGAACAGGGGUAACGUUGCUUCUUUUGUGCGGUGUCUACGGUGCUUUGGCCGGUCGCCGUUACAUCGCCAUUCCAGUGGACGGGUUCGACGUGAUCGAGCUGAGCCCGGUGCCCCCAGCCACAGCCAGGAUCACCAGGCAGACAGAAGCUUACCUUCCAGUAGCAGUUCCUAGUGCCUCUCAGGAAGAGCCGAGGAGUCUACGCUCGGAGAGGUCCAACGCCCGCAUCCUGGAUUACGUGGAUUUCGGUGGACAAACAGGCUCGAACGGAGCCUUCAGCUGGUACGCCGAUUAUCCAGCGCAUCAUUAAUCAUCCAGAGUCUGGACGAUCGAGACGCAUUUCCACGGAUCCUGCCUACGAGCGUUCCAUGGUCGACGAAUCUGUUAUGUUGAAGAGGAAGCAGAAUAUCGGAGAAGCAGGUGACCGGGAGAUGGCAUCGAUUGUUCU